CGGAGAGCAACUGGAUACGAACGAGAGUACCAGAAUUACUCAAUACAAAUAUAUUCAAUAAAGACAUCGGUGUAACCGUUACUUCAGUUUACGUUUACAUAAUGGCUCCUUUGUUGAUUCUGAUGUUGGGUGUCGCCGUUUUCUCGGAUGUUGAAGCUUAUGGUAGAGGCUAUCUCGAUGUUAUAUUUUCGUCAAAGAAUUACCCGGCCUAUAUUCUUGAUGUGAAUUCUAACGGCCUGGGUUAUAUCAUCGUCGCCAAUGCAGCAAACCCGAAUAUGUGGGUGAUAGAGCAACCCGGCUUGACUGGGGAGGAAGGAACCGUUUCUUUGACGUAUAAAGGAAAACCAGGCUUCUAUCUCCGACACACUGGUUUCCUCAUGCAAAUUGAUAACAAAUACGACCCAGUUGUUCCUCAGCAUUUCUUACUAGAUGCGACGUUCAGGAUCAGAAACGACAAAUAUUUCCCAGGAUACCUCGCCUUCGAGUCUGUGAACUAUCCCGGAAGAUUCAUACGCCAUCAGGGUUAUCGCCUUAAGCUUCAUCCAUCUGACGGAUCUGAGUUGUUCAAGAAUGAUGCCAGCUUUAA